ACGGUAACACGAAACCUGAUGCUUAGCAUGUAUCACACUUCUGAUUGUUUGUUUCAACUUUUGUUUAUACAUUAAAGCUCAAGUCGGUCUGCAGGUCGCUUUUCAUUGAAGGUCAUGAGGGCAGAAGCGGAGGAGCAGAAAUGGAAGAUUCCAGCUGGAAACAUUCUUCGGGAGAGCUGUGUGUAGACUAUCCUGGGAAGGAGACUGACUGUACAGAAUACCCUGGGAAGGAGAGUAAAGGCGAUAUGGGAAGUCAUGUGGUUAAACACACUGAUGAGAAACCCUACAAGUGUGAGGAGUGUGGGUACAGGGCGGCUUACAGGUCUACUUUAUGCCGGCAUAUGAGAACCCACACAGGGGAAAAACCCCACAAAUGUGACCAUUGUGACUAUUCUGCAGCACGGAAAUCCACUUUGGACCAUCAUAUGGCAGCAAAGCACACUGGUGAGAAACCCUACAUGUGUGGGGAAUGUGGGUACAGGACGGCUAGAAAGCACCACUUAUCCCUACAUAUGAGAAUCCACACAGGAGAAAAACCUUACAAGUGUGACCAGUGUGACUAUUCUGCUGCACAAAAAGGUGAUUUGAAUACACAUUUAGUAAAACACACCGGUGAGAAACCCUACAUGUGUGGUGAAUGUGGGUACAGGACAGUUCGCAAGUCUGACUUAUCCAGACAUAUUAUAACCCACACAGGGGAAAAACCCUACAUUUGUUUGGAGUGUGGGUACAGGUCAGCGAAAAAGUCCGACCUAUCAAAACACACGAGAAACCACACGGGAGAAAAAACCCUACAGGUGUGGCCAGUGUGACUUUUCUGCUAUAUAUAAAUCCAAGUUGAAAGAACACCAAGUAAAACAUACUAGCGAGAAACCUUACAUGUGUGGGGAGUGUGGAUACGGGACAGCUUAUAGGUCUCACCUAUUCCGGCAUAUGAGAACCCACACAGGGGAAAAGCCCUACAAGUGUGACCAGUGUGACUAUUCUGCUGCAGAAAAACACCAUCUCGUCGACCAUCAGACAAGACAUACUGGUGAGAAACCCUACAUGUGUGGGGAGUGUGGGUUCAGGACAGCUCAUAGGUCUACCUUAUCAAUCCAUAUGAGAAUCCACACAGGAGAGAAACCCUACAAGUGUGAUCAAUGCGACUUUUCUGCUGCAGAAAAAUCCUCUUUAAACCGACAUUUAAGUAAGCACACCAGUAAGAAGACCUAGAUGUGCAAAGUGUACUGGAACAAGGCAACUCAGUCUAAAAAGUCAAGAAUAUAAGAACCCACACAGGAGAAAAAACGUAUUAUAAGUGUCAUCAGUGUAACAACUUUGCAGCUAGGAAAUUUCAUCUACUUUUUAUGUAUACGAAAGAAACUAAAUCUACAAGUGUGACAAAUGUACAGCAAUAGUUCCUUGAUCUCCAUGUCAUACGGCGGGUAGUCAGCUUGAUCUUUUUGAAAUGUAGCACCAAUUAUCCCGACAUAUGAGGGACAUACAGGCGACAGGUAUAGAAGUUUACUGUGAACUGCAGCUAGGUGUCGCUGCUAACAAUGCAGUCCCAAACGUAAAGCACUGCCACAUACAUAGAUGUAUUUGCACCUAAAACUCUAUAGAUGCAGGUACAAUAGAUAUAGUUACACCUAAAACUGCAUAGAUGUAGUUUCUGUAUCUUAGAUAGUAGCCAUGAUAGAUGAGCUCCUGUCUUUUGUGUUGUCCGCUUAUUGAUAACAUUUAUGUAAGAAAGCCUUUUUGAAAUCGCACUGGAAAGAUAAUGUAGAUGUAGGUUUUAGACUUGAGAUAGUUUUGAUACGAUCUUUGUUUUUUUAUCCACUGUACACUGUAUUAAUUUUAAUACUGGAACAUUUCGACAUUGGUAUAUUUGCUUGCUUUAGUCUACUUUAUUGGAUAGAAGGAUCUAGCAUUUCCAAGUAUAUAGUUUAUGUGCGCACCGAUGUGUAUGCUAUACAUGUUUUGUAUUCCUAGUAUUUAGCUUAUAUUGAUGACACUGACAUGUUUAAAUACUAGGCAUAAUUUUGGUAAAUCUAAUUCAAAUAAAGUAAGUGAACGGAAA